AUGGCUGGUCCAGAUGUUGAUGCAAACACGAGUUCGAGGCUCGACGUACCAACGGCGGCACCUCACAUAACCAAAGAUCAAGCCUUGAAGGAUCCAUCUGCACAAGACAAGCCUAAACCUGUCAGAACAAGGCCGCAGAAGCCCAACUACUUUUUGAUACAUUCAAAACCUCUACCUCUUGAGACCUGUCCUCUUCCAGCUUUUGUACCACAGAAUCCUCUUUCUCUUCUUCGGAUCGCCUACAUCUACCUUUCACAGCUUAUUUCUGCGCCAUCGUCUCACAGAGAUGUGCCUAUCACUGGUAUUUUCAGCUCAGAGACACGAUCAGUCCACAUCACGGAUCAUGCUUCUGUUCGUGCACUUUGGGAGAUGGGCUUCUUUGGCAAAGGUACAAUGUCAAGAAGUGAGCCAAGUUGGCCGGACAGAGAGAAAGCUCGACUUAAGGCGAGCAAACACGGUGGCGGGACUGCAGAAGAGAACACCAGAAAAAGAAGAGAAGAGAGAAAGCUGUUCAAGCUCGAAAGAGCCAGAGCAGAAGCAGAGCAGAUUGAGGAGACCCUGAGAAAAGAACGAGCAGCGCUGGAAUCUGCUAAAGAAGAAAAAGAUGUGGAAAAAGCUACUGAAAUUGCCAUCUCUCAUGUCUUCCCCUGGAUGCAACAGCAAGACGGUGAUGCGGAGUUUAAGGAAGAAACCAAGGCUGUGCCUGCCGAAGACACGGAACCUAAAGAAACAGCAACCAAUAUUGUGGAAGUCCCUGUUCUUCCCACAGGCAGCACCAUCCACACAACUGGCAUUCCUACCGACACUGUUGUCGUUGCAAACGAAGAAGAGACACCAAUCACGAAUCAAGAACAUCUUCAAUUGAAUCUCGAAGAAUCCUUCUUCUUGUCUUACGCUCUGGGUAGCCUACGGAUUAUCGAUUCCGACACGAAGCAGCCUCUCUCUACACCCUCCCUACUUACGCUCUUCCGACAACACUCGCACUUUCCCACCGCACAAACUUCUGCCCUACGCUCAGACGACCCAUUCCUGCUGAACUAUGUUGUAUACCACCAUUAUCGAUCUUUGGGCUGGGUCGUCAGACCUGGUGUGAAGUUCUCCUGCGACUUCUUACUCUACAACCGUGGUCCAGUCUUUUCUCACGCCGAGUUUGCUCUCAUCAUCAUCCCUGAAUAUGUAGAGGGAAGUGUGGAAGCAGCCGCAGGAAAAGGCAAAAUGGGCUGGUGGUGGUUGCAUUGUGUGAAUCGCGUGCAAAGUCAGGUCAAGAAGAGUUUGGUCAUCGUGUAUGUCAAGGUGCCAAAGGAGAUACCGAAUGCUGCGGAAGGGGAAGUGGAUAUUGGAAAGCUUCUGAGAGGUUAUGAAGUUAGGGAGUUUGUCAUCAGAAGAUGGUUGGCCAACAGAAGCCGUGAUUGA